CCAUCUUUAAUGUACUGGACAGAAGGGGGAUUGACGAGCUCUGAAAACAUACCAAAUUUGAAAUAAGGAAUUUUUGGAUAUUUUGAUCGUGGCUGUCAUACAGAGACACCGACGAAUCUUACAUACGUUUGAAAAAGUGGCAGAAGGUAUGAAGACAACAUCAUAGCGAAGCCAUGGCUGAUAAGAGAAAACUUCAAGGAGAAAUAGAUCGAUGUUUGAAAAAAGUCGCUGAAGGAGUAGAACAGUUUGAAGACAUUUGGAAAAAGCUUCACAAUGCAGCAAAUGCCAAUCAGAAAGAAAAGUAUGAGGCAGAUCUCAAGAAAGAGAUUAAAAAGCUCCAGCGGCUACGAGACCAGAUUAAAACAUGGGUGGCAUCCAAUGAGAUCAAAGACAAACGGCAGCUAGUGGAAAACCGCAAGCUUAUUGAAACGCAAAUGGAGCGAUUCAAGGUGGUUGAAAGAGAAACCAAGACAAAGGCCUAUUCGAAAGAGGGGCUGGGAUUGGCUCAGAAAGUGGACCCGGCACAGAAAGAGAAGGAAGAAACGGAACAGUGGCUCACGAAUACAAUAGACACUUUGAACAUGCAGGUGGACCAGUUUGAAAGUGAAGUCGAAUCCCUCUCUGUUCAAACUCGAAAGAAAAAAGGAGACAAAGAGAAGCAGGAUCGGAUUGAGGAGCUGAAGAGGUUAAUCGAAAGGCACAGGUACCACAUUAGAAUGCUGGAGACCAUCUUGAGGAUGUUGGACAAUGAUUCGAUUCAGGUGGACUCUAUUCAUAAAAUCAAAGAUGACGUUGAGUACUACAUUGAUUCUUCACAAGACCCAGACUUUGAGGAGAACGAGUUUCUCUACGAUGACUUGGACUUGGAGGAGAUACCAACAACCUUGAUGGCAACGUCUCCUCAGGGCCAUAAUGAAGAUGAGAUGUUCCUUCAGUCCAGCAGCACCCCAACCUCAACCACCUCAUCUUCUCCCAUCCCUCCAUCUCCUGCUACAGGCAUCACGGAAAUUUCGGAAGAUAAAAGAGCUCGAUCGAUAGACGGUGAAGUGAGUCAGUCUCCUGUGAAGAACGGCAACCCAUCUCUAUCAUCCUUCUCCUCAUCCGCCUCCUCAGGCUCCUCCUCCUCUUCUUCUUCUCUGGUCUCCAUGGCUACUGUUGUCGGGAGCUGCACAGCGGUCUCUGGGCCCAGCAGCCUACCGGGAAGCUUUAGCAAUGCAGUACUGCAGCAUCCACCUCAGUCCCAACAGCAAGCACAGGUCAAACUCUCCUCGACAUCAUCUACAACCUCCAACAACACGCCUAGCCCACCCAGCCACCCCACACUACCCAUAUCCACUUCUUCUUCCAUGCCCAGUCCCAGCACACCUGGGCCGGUUACUUCCAACUCCCAGUCGUCUUCAGCAGGGCUUGGGGGCUCCAGUCAUGGACUGGGGAUGGGUUUGGGAAAAGGAGGUGUCACAGUGACCAGCAGCAGUAGUGUGGGUCAAAUGCAAGGUUUGGGCAUGACCGGAAUGCCUAGUUCUCUCAGUACCAUGGCAGGGCUUCUCUCAGGCUCUACCCCUGCCCCCUAUGCCCAGGCGGCUGCAAGUGGAACAGCAAGUAGUGCCUCCAGUGGUCCAGUGGGGAAUAGCAGCAGUAGCACUGGCAUGUCAAUAACAAGCGGAAGCACAGGAGGAGUGAGCACAGGUGCAACAAGUAACGGUACGGGUACGGGGGUAGGUUUGGGCCUGUUAGGGUCCAGUUCUGGCCAUGGUGCUUUAAGCGCAGGAAUUCUGAACCUUAUACCAGGGCAGACAUCUCUUCAGGGGUCUGCGCAAGUACCAAUAAGCCCUGUGGGCACAGCACCUGGGGGAGGAAUCGGCGAGGGUGGAUUGGGUGGAAAUGGGAGCAGUGCGGUGGGAAGUGGAGGAGUGGGGACGAACGUAGCACCUGCACGACCCCCCAGCGGCCUCAAACAAAAUGGAGCAACCAGUUACAGUGCUGUGGUUGCAGACAACACAACAGAGACCUCCCUCAGCAGUGCCAGCCAAUCACAAAACAGCCAUUCCUCCUCCUCAAGCUCGUCAUCAAAUCAAAAUCUGGAUAAUGGCCCCAGUUUAUUGAGUUCAAUCACUCUACCCCCCUCCUCCCCAUCACCUGCUUUCACUGACAGCACACCUGGUGGUGGGAGUCUGCUAAAUGGCCCACACUCCUACACACCCAACACAGAAGCCAUCAAGGCACCUGAACCACCAAGCUCCCUGAAAGCGAUGGCAGAAAGAGCAGCACUAGGAUUGACACUAGAUGGAGAAAUCCCCUCAUUACACUUGACAGAUCGAGAUCUGUUCUCAGGGUCUUCAGCCCCACCUGGUCCCACAACAGCACCUCAGCCUGCCGUUUCAGAAGUCAACCUCCCACCAUCUUUAGGGGCAUGUCCAUUAGGACCCACCCCCUUAACAAAAGAGCAGCUCUACCAACAGGCCAUGCAGGAGUCGGCAUGGACACACAUGCCCCACCCAUCUGAUUCAGAGAGAAUCAGGCAAUACCUGAUGAGGAAUCCUUGCCCUACACCCCCAUUCCACCACCAGGUGCCCCCACAUCAUUCGGACUCUAUCGAGUUCUACCAGAGAUUGUCCACUGAAACUCUCUUCUUCAUUUUCUACUACCUUGAGGGCACAAAGGCACAGUACCUGUCAGCUAAAGCACUGAAGAAGCAAUCGUGGAGGUUCCACACAAAGUACAUGAUGUGGUUCCAGAGGCAUGAGGAACCCAAAACCAUCACUGAUGAGUUUGAACAGGGCACGUACAUUUACUUUGACUAUGAAAAGUGGGGCCAGAGAAAAAAGGAAGGAUUUACUUUCGAGUACAGAUACUUGGAGGACAGAGAUCUACAGUGACAGACGGAGAAAUGUAGAGAAGAGAGAGAUUACUACGACCGAGAAAACGCUGCUGUUGACAUUCCGAGAUGAACUCCAUGUCGUGGUUUAAGUUGGAUGUGAAGUUGGCCUUUUUCUUUAAAAGAGAGAGCGAGAGCGCGAGUGAAGGGGGUCGAGUGCCUGUUUACAUGCAAACAUUUGAACCUCCUAUAAUCUUGAGUCUUUACCCCCCCACUUUAUUUCCGUUCUAACCAAAAACCCCACCUAGCCAAGCAUCAGAAAUUAAAGGAACAAUUUGGUUAGGAUGCCACAAUAUGUUUUGCUAUUUAGUUUGUGUUUGGUGGAGUGCUGCAUUAGCAAGUCUUAUACUCUUAGAUGACACAUUACUGACUAUGAUGUAUUGGCACUAUGCUAGAUUGCAUCGAUUGGUUGUUCUUUGUUCAUUGAGCCCCUCUGGGAGUGUUUAGGCACUGUGACUUUGCCUGGCGAGAUAACGUGUCGACCAUUAAAUUGCUAUGCAAUUGAAUUCCUCUCGACCUCCCUACCUUUAUCAUGACCUAAAUGCGGUUUUACUAGACCGCAACAAAGUUGGCGUUUUGAUAGGGUAAUGUUCUGUAGCAUCUCUUAUAAAUGUUCAGAAGCAAGCUGGGUAAGCUGUCAGCCAGCAGACUGGCGUGCAAUUUAUCUGUCUGUUAAACAUGGCAUGAGUGAUUUCACUUUGAAAAUAUCUAAUAAAAAGACAAAUAUUAAAAGUACAAGUAAAAAAUCUUAUCCUUUUUGUCAUUUAGGUUGUUCAUGGUUGAAUAUUUUUGCUGUGUGGAGUUGUGCAUGUAAAAAAUAAACUUGCCCAAACUUUCCCCUUUAUUUUUUUGGUGUCUCAAAACUCUCCUCACGUAUUCUGCUGGACAGUUUUCCUCAAUAGAUAAUCUUUCUUCUGUUUCUCCAUUAUUAUAAUUUUUUUGGCAAAGCCAUUCGAAACACCGCCUGUUGUGACACAAUCCUGUGCAAGUUUCCAUUCAUUUCGAUAUCCUCUAUUGUUUGGGGAGAACAGUUUGCUUGAAUGACAAAGUGACAUAAUUGUGAAAAAGAUGGAAAUAAUUUUUUUGAUGCACAGAAGGGCAGCUGAUUGCAUUUGUGGAUUUCUCUCAAAUUAAGUCAACCUUGCCUUCUUGACGUGGACAGGACAGCAUGCGAUUGCAAUAUGUCGCUUGGUAGGUUGAGAGGAAACAAAAAUACAGAGUUGUAAAAUUUCAAUAAAAUACUUUUGUGAUGCAGU